GCCUGUGAAUUGUCCUGAGUCAUGGCUUUGGGCUGAGGCCAUGGGAAGAAACCAUUGUACAGCCAGGAAGGAGGCAGCCCUGGGGAAGGGGGCUCAGGCUGGGCGCCCAGUGCCAGGGCAGGGGCUGCUGGCAAGCUGAAGUCCCUGUGGGCCUUCCCCAUGGCCUGGAACCACUGCCCGUCCUGGCGUGCUCUCGCAGGUGGGAGGGCCGGGUGCCCGGUGCAGGCCAGCGGCACAGCCAGAGAUCUGAGGCCUUAAGGGAGUCGGGGGCGGGGAGGGCCUGGGAGGUAUGGGUGUUGGCAAGAGAGGAACCGGGCAGGCUGACUGGCAGGGCGGGCCCAGUCACACAGCAGCUGUAGGCGGCUCCGGCUAAGUUUCACUUCCCGCCUCUGGGGCCAGCAGCGAGAGCCGUGUGCUGUGUGCCGUGUGCCGGAGUCAUUGCCACCCACCGGUCUGCCUGCCGCUUGGCUCAGGCAGGCAUCCACCAUGCGCUCGCAGGCCCCGCCCCCAGGCCCCAUGCAGACCCUGAUCUUCUUGGACCUGGAGGCCACCGGCCUGCCCUUCUCCCAGCCCAAGAUCACAGAGCUGUGCCUGCUGGCCGUCCACAGAUGCGCCCUGGAGAGUCCGCCCGCCCCGCAGCGGCCUCUGACGGCGCCCCCCCCACCCCGCGUGGUGGACAAGCUCUCCCUGUGUGUGGCGCCAGGGAAGGCCUGCAGCCCUGCGGCCAGCGAGAUCACCGGCCUGAGCACCGCCACGCUGGUAGCGCACGGGCGCCAGUGCUUCGACGCCGACCUGGUCCACCUGCUCCGAGCCUUCCUGCAGCGCCAGCCGCAGCCCUGGUGCCUUGUGGCGCACAACGGGGACCGCUACGACUUCCCCCUGCUCCAGGCAGAGCUGGCCGUGCUGGGCCUCGCCAGCGCGCUGGACGGUGGCUUCUGUGCGGAUAGCAUCGCCGCGCUGAAGGCUCUGGAGCAGGCCGGCCGGCCCCCCGAGCAGGGCCCGCGGAAGAGCUACAGCCUGGGCAGCAUCUACACGCGCCUGUAUGGGCAGGCGCCGCCGGACUCGCACACGGCCGAGGGGGACGUCCUCGCCCUGCUCAGCAUCUGCCAGUGGCGGCCCCGGGCCCUGCUGCAGUGGGUGGACGCCCACGCCAGGCCCUUCAGCGCCGUCGAGCCCAUGUACGGGGCCACGGCCGCCACUGGCGCCAACUCCAGGCCGCCUGCUGCCACGGCCUCGGCGCUUCUGGGCAGAGCCAGGCAUGCCCGUCGCAGCCUUGGGGCCAGCGUCCUUCCCCCAGGGCAGGGCCCUGCGUCCUCACCCAGGGAGGGACUCCUGGCCCCACUGAGCCUGCUGGCCUUGCUGACCGUGGCGCUGGCCACACUGUACGGGCUGUCCCUGGGCUCACCUGAGCAGUAGCUGAGAGGAAAGCCUGACAAUAAAGACCCCGCACUGAG